UGUUUGCUGUUCUCCAUUCGUCGCGAGUGUAUUAAUUUUGUUAGAACCUGCGCUCUGUUCUAAUUCUUAUUAUUUCUUAAUAUUAGUUAUUAUUAUUUUUUACUUAAGUCUUUGAAGUUUUGCCUUAAUUGUUAUUUUUUCAUUAUUAUUGCAUAAAACGACUUAAGUGGUACUUUUGCGUUUAGACGGGAGCCAUCUUGCAAUCUCUAAUCAAAGGUCCUUGGCUCACAGUUUCGUUGUCUAGUUGAAAGGCAGUAUAUUCUAUCAUAAAAUAAUCAAAUGGCGUUAAAACGAAUUAAUAGGGAAUUACAAGACCUGGGCAGAGACCCGCCGGCACAAUGUUCCGCAGGACCACACGGAGAAGAUCUUUUCCACUGGCAGGCCACAAUAAUGGGUCCAGUCGACAGUCCCUACCAGGGUGGUGUAUUUUUCCUGACUAUACAUUUCCCUACAGACUAUCCAUUUAAACCACCAAAAGUUGCAUUCACAACACGUAUUUAUCAUCCCAAUAUAAACAGUAAUGGUUCCAUUUGUCUUGAUAUUCUGCGCUCACAAUGGUCUCCAGCACUUACCAUAUCCAAAGUGUUGCUCUCAAUCUGCUCACUUUUAUGCGAUCCAAAUCCUGAUGAUCCUUUGGUGCCAGAAAUUGCUAGGAUCUACAAAACCGACAGAGAAAAGUACAAUGAAUUAGCCCGAGAGUGGACAAGGAAGUAUGCCAUGUGAUGAGUCAAAUGUGACAUCAGCAAAACAUAUACACACACAUCGCCACAGCCCGGGCUAUACCCUUCCUCUCUGUUCCCGCUCCCCAAAUCCUUUUCUCUGAAACCUUACCAAUCAAAUAAAUUACUGGAAUUUGUGUUAAAAAUCUAUAUGGUUAUUAGAAUCUGAUUAUGAUUGUCUUGUACUUUGAAUGCCAAUUAUUGCAACUAAGUAAAAAUAAUUCACAUCUGCAAAUAGUUUCUAUUCAUCUAAUGUGUAAGUAACGUUUUCUAUAAGAAGAUAUUGAUUUUGGUUUAACAUUGAUGUGUCGGUAGAUGUCUUAUCGCAUACACUCAUUUAGUUAAACAUUAGUUAAAUUUACAUUAUUUGAAUUCAUGUAAUUUCUAAAAAAUUUGUACUUUAACUAGAUCUAAAUUGCAUUGUGAAACUGUACAAUAGCCAUAUAUUUAGGAAAAUGGAGCGUUCAUUGCUUGACACUUAUCCUGUUCUAUAAAGUUUUUUUUUUGUGAAUGAACUGUAUGUAUAGCUCAUGUGUUACGAACAUUCUGGUUAAUGUAAGAAAAUGGGAUAACAGAAUGAGCUUGUUGACGGAGUUGAGUGAGUGUUAAUUUUUUUUAAACAAUCUCUUUUUAAGUUAGUAAAUAUGUAGCGUGCUGCUAAACAGACUGACAAUGAUUUAAGUGGUCAGUUUUCUUUCAUCCACAAUAUUUAAAGUGAUUGAAAACGCUCCCAUAGUUACACAAUUCAAUAUAAAUUACAGUGUAUCUCAUAAGAUAAUAAGUUACAAUUAAUCUAGACUUUUUUUCAAUAUGGCGAUCUUUAUAUUAUAAUUUUAUCUAAUAUAUAUUGUGGUUGUAAGGAUACCUGCGUUGUGAUUGUCCUUCCACAGUCCAUCCUUAUUUCCUCUUAUCUAAUAUCAGUAUGGCAUAUGUCACAGUCAUGGCAUGAGUGGCAAAGUUUGGUGUGUUUCUUUACAGCUGCAAGAGGAAGCUUUUGUUCACUUGGUUAACACAGGGAGAUAGUAACUCAAAGCUUUUCAAACUGUAAUCGAUCGACAAGAUGUAUUUUAGCUUCACUAAAUUGUAAGAAACAAUAAAUUAUUGUGUAUGUAAAUAA